AUGGUUCAGAAGAACAUAGUAGUGUUACCCCUCGCUAAUCGUUUUACAGAGAACGAGCGGAUGCGAAAGUUAGCAACACGUUCUGCCUCGUCAGACGAGUGGAGUUUCACGCGACCAGACGAGGCUGACAGGUCAAGGGAAUUUGCAGCAAGACUCGAGCAAGCCUGGAGCAUAAGAAAGAACCAGGGUCCUGUCGCAUGCGAGGAGUGCAUGGCUCAGGGCUGUAUCGAGUGCAAGUGGUGCCGUGGGACUGGCUAUUUUAUUGUGGGAGACAGUCUGCUAUGCUCGGUAUCCUCACGGAGCAGUUCUUGCGUAAUCUGCGGCGGGAAGGGUACUAUUUGCGAUUUCGGUUACUCAAAGUCCUCCCUGCUUCAUUCACAACCGAAAUCCACCGUGGGCACUCCAGCCUACAUUGCACCUGAAGUUCUCUCCAAGAAGGAGUAUGAUGGAAAGACUGCUGACGUGUGGUCUUGUGGAGUCACACUAUACGUCAUGCUUGUAGGGGCUUAUCCCUUUGAGGACCCUGAUGACCCACGAAACUUCAGGAAAACCAUUGGUCGCAUUAUGAGUGUCCAGUAUCACGUUCCACCGUAUGUGCGCCUCUCUCCGGAAUGCAAGCAUCUUUUGUCAAGAAUCUUCACAGCAAACCCUACAAAGCGCAUCACAAUGCCGGAAAUCAAGAGGCACCCUUGGUUCUUGCGGAACCUGCCAGCAGAUCUGAUGCAUGAAAAUGACCCGGGUUACCAGUAUGAUGAUCCUAACCACCCGCCUCAAAGCAUCGAAGAGAUCAUGAGGAUAUUGCAGGAAGCUCGGGUUCCAGGCAUUGCUCAGCCUUCCGGCGAUGGUUACCUCAACGAUGACAGGGAUGACGAGAGGGAUGAUGAGGACAUGGACAAUGACAUGGAUGACUUCGAGGGCAGUGGAGAAUUUGUCAAUGCUCUUUAA